AUGUCUGGGCAUAAAAGGUGCAUGAAAAAAUUCAUCGAUACUGUCAACGCUGUUUUACAGAAGUGCCGUGGUGAUGUGGUUGAAGAAUUUAAGGUGAAAUUUGGAUUUGACACUACACUUGCUGAUCAUGUCAACAGUUUUAUUAGUUUUGCUGCAUCCUCGCGGGUAAAAGUUCUUGCUUUUGAUCUGGAGCCUUUUGACUCUGGGCUCCGAUAUGAUCACUACAUAUUUCCAUUUGAUCUUUUUAACAAUGAAAGCAUCUCCUGUCUACAAAGUAUUCAGCUUAGCUUUGUAUCAUUGGAGCCACCUUUCCAGUUUAGUGGUUUCCCAAACCUGAGAAAGCUUGAUCUGAGGGUGGUGCAUGUGACUAGAAAGGAUCUUGAAGAUACACUGUCCAGUUGCUGUAAUAUUGAGUGGCUAAGUAUGGACAGAUGCCAUCUUAAGGAUGAAUUAAAGGUGGAUACCCCUAUGUUCCAUCUGCAACAUUUACGUAUUGUGCACUGCGAAUUGACCAAGAUAGAGUUCCAUGCUGUAAAUCUAGAUACUUUUGUAUACAAAGGAUCCUUUCUGCCUAUUGUCCUCAACCAUUCAAGGAAGUUGGAUGAUGUAAGAAUUACGUUAUAUCAAACAAUCUUUCAGCAUGUUCUCGCAGCACUCCUCGAUGGCCUUCCAAGCAUGAAGAAUCUGACUUUUCAUAUUUAUUUUCCACGAAUAGAGAUGCAAGGGUUGAGAAAUAACCCAUACAAGUUUUCUCGUCUUAGGAAUUUACAGUUGUUCAUGAACAUAGACCGGAAAGAUGCUGACAAACUUUUUUGUUUGGUCUCUUUUCUAAGAGCCGCUCCUCUUAUUGAAAGACUGGAGGUUCAUGUAUUUGAGGUGACACUUAAUGCCCCUUUAUGUGUUUUUCUGAUGCAAUGA